AUGGCGAGGGGAGCAUGGGUAAGUGCUUCUUAAAUAGUGGUGGCUAUUGGGGAAUCUGAUCUUGGACUCGAAGAAGAGGAAGGAACCAGGACGCACUUAAGAGAUCUGUUCUCAAAUAUCAGGUUGAUCAUGAACUCUUUACAUUUGAGCCGUGGCGGGUUUCCUCUUCGUGGCGUCAACGCGACGCCUCUCGACUUCAACCAGCAGGUGGCAGAACAGUACAGCGUGUACUCGGCGGCCAGUCCCGCUGUCCACACGCUGAAUGUGGCGGAGAGGCUGGCAGAGCUGAUUCUGGAGGCUCGGUACGGAAGCCAUCAGAAGCAGCGGCGCAGUCGUACGGCCUUCUCCGUCUCACAGCUGCAGGCUCUGGAAAAGGCUUUCCAGCAGACUCAGUACCCUGACGUGGGAAUGAGAGAGAGGCUUGCUGUGUGCAUCAACCUGCCCGAGGCCCGGAUCCAGGUGUGGUUUAAGAAUAGGAGGGCAAAAUUUCGUAAAGGUCAGAAAUGCCCACCACCAGUCUCCAGAGAGCAAAGCCUGGAUGAGGUAACGCAGACCAGCCAGGAAAAGCAAUCAACAGAGGACAAAAGGGACACCCCCACAUCCCGAUCUGGGAGCAGCAAGCCUCCUCCUUGCUGUCCUGUGCCUCAACUGAUGGAUAAAAAAAGGGAUCUUCUCGCUUCCCAUACUGACUCUGAAAUCCCCCGAUGUCACCUGCAACCAAACAAACCACUUCCUCAAUUCCACAUCAUGCCUGAGGAGUUCUACAAUGAUCCUCUUUGUCGACCCGUUCUGGGACUGCUGCCACCUGCGCUUGCUGUUCCACCUCUCUUCUGGCCAAUCAUCCAGACCCAUGGCUCAGCUGAUAGGGACUCUUCCAUGACACUUCAUCAGAGACUCUUCCCUUCAGAUGACAUUCAUCCAAUGAAACAUCAUAACCUGGGAUUCAAACUCACUAACUACUGAUCAUUUCUCCACUGUAGCAACAGAGAAUUUAGCAGUGCCUUUUCAUUUUAAUAUUUCAGAGCUUCGAUUAAGUAGAUGACUGCUAAUAUUCUUGUGUAAGCAUCUACAGCAAACUACACAUUUUGGCUUCAUUUCAUGGAGCACAGCAUCUUUAAAAUGUAGAAUAAAGU